AAUUCAAAACGGGGGCCGAAAAGGCAAAAUACUAUCGGGAACUGAAAAACAUAAAGGCAAGAGAGAUUCAGUUAAAAAAGUACAAUGAAAGGAAGCUUAUUUAUAAUGCUAAAAAGAGAGAAAAACGAUUAAAAGAGAAAGCCAACUCAACUGUCACAAAAGAGGCUGCAAGACAAAAGGGGUACAGAGAUAGGAAGAAGAGAGAGAAAGAAGAACUUGAGAGAAAAAGGAUUGAAAGAAAUAAAAAGAAAAGAGAGUACAGAGAGCGCGUAAAAAAUAGGCAGGAUGAUCAAGAUGAGGAGUUGCAGCUUAUUUUUAAUUCGAGAACUCAAAAACACAGGGCACUUAAAAAAUUAAAGCAAAAUUUACCCAGCACGCCAAAAAAAAGAGCAGCUUUAAUAUCUACCUAUAUGUCCUCCCAGAACAGUCCAACUGCUAAACUCCUACAGAAAUUUAACAAAACACCAUCCCCUGAUGAUGUAAAGAAAAUUAAAAUGGCCGAUGCCCUUCUCUCUGAUAUGAAAACUGUUAUUAACGAAAACAAACUGAAAAGGUCCGAUGAUGCAAGAGCGACAAUUAACGUUUUAAGUGCAGCGGUCAGUGGGGAAAAUGUACAACAAUCAAAAUGCAGGACAGAGCUGUCUAAGAAACUUGGAUUCAAUGAAAACGAAUACGUCAUAGGGUUCUUAGUACGGAAACUUCGGCGUAGACAUACACUGCCCGAAAAACUAGAAGUGAUGGUUUAUCGGAGGAAACGAGAAAGCUAG